UGCAAGUUAGGGUCUGCGAGACACGGGCACCGAAAAUGGAUCGCGAUUUGCCUCAACUCAAACUUAUCAAGACAUAACUUUUAAGAAACUUUUCUGGCACAAGCUUUAGAGUGGAUACUCGAAGACCGCAUCACGGGAGUAACUUGUAUGAAAAAGAGAAGAAGUACCAGCCGUAUCCAUCUGCAUGUGUCUGUCCAGGGAGAGAAAGAGGGGGCUUUAUUGGAAAUUCUCUAACCCCCAGUGGGACGCUCUCUGCCCCCUUUCUCCAAGAGCUGCUCCAAGGAAAGCCGAGUUUGCUGGGAUCAAUUUAAGGCCACCUACUGAUGCAGACAAGCCCAACUCUGUGUAAGAGGGCUUGAGGGUGCGAGCGUGGCAGUGUUCUGAGUACCAAUGCCAGUGGACAUGCAGCCGCAUCAGGGGCUGUAUCACUAUGACUCCGCUCCUACCCAGCCAUCACGGGGCCUAGCCCCCUCAGGUCGAUCAGCGUACGGUGACGUCUUCCCGCUCCGCGCCACCCCCCACAAUGGCCAGCCCCCGGACAACAGGGCCAUGUACAACAACAACAACAACCCCCCCUCCAGCAUGGGCCCCCCCAACAUGACGCCCGGCUCCUGCAUGGACUCCUCCUACAUGCGCCCUCCCAACGCCCCGCCCACGCCGGGCAUGAUGGGCCACAGAGCUGGCCUGUCAGCCGCGGAAGGGGUGAGUGGCAGUCCGUACUGCAGCCAAGGGAACCUCAUGUCCCACCACAGCUACGGCGGGCCGGGAUCUGACAUGCUGGGCUCUGCUGAUGGUUCUCGGUUCUCCACGCCGCGCUCCAUGCUGAAGCUGAGUAAGAAGCGAGCGCUGUCCAUCUCGCCGCUCUCGGACGCCAGCGUGGACCUGCAGACGGUCAUCCGCACCUCGCCCAACUCCCUGGUGGCCUUUGUCAACGCCCGCUGCGGCCCCAAUGCUGCCAGCUCUUAUGGCCACCUGUCUGUAGGCGCCAUGAGUCCGUCCAUGGGAUUCUCAGGGUCAGUCAACUACCAGUCCAGGCAGCAGGGUUCGGUGUACGGGGGCAACACGCCUCUGGGGCACCCCCAGGGCCCCUGUCAUGCCCCGCCUCCACGAUUACCCCCCCACAACCCUCGCCUCCACGCACCCCCAAAGCAUGGACUGUUGAAGGUGGAGCCGGUGUUGGGCAGUCUGAUGGACGGCAUCAGCAUGAAGAGUCUGGAGGAGCACUCAGAAGGAGACGUGGCCAGCCCCUCCUCCACCGGCACUCAGGAUCCUCUGCUGGGUCUCCUGGAGGGCCGCGAUGACCUGGACAAGGAGGACGGCAAGCCGGAGCCCGAGGCCAUCUACGAGACCAACUGCCACUGGGAGAGCUGCAACAAGGAGUUCGACACCCAAGAGCAGCUCGUGCAUCACAUAAACAACGAGCACAUCCACGGGGAGAAGAAGGAGUUUGUGUGCCACUGGCAGGAGUGCUCUCGGGAGCAGCGGCCCUUCAAGGCCCAGUACAUGCUGGUGGUGCACAUGAGACGACACACGGGAGAGAAACCACACAAGUGCACUUUUGAAGGUUGCAAUAAGGCGUACUCGCGCCUGGAGAACCUGAAGACUCAUCUGCGCUCGCACACAGGAGAGAAGCCCUACGUGUGUGAGCAUGAGGGCUGCAACAAGGCCUUCUCCAACGCAUCAGACCGCGCCAAGCACCAGAACCGUACUCACUCAAAUGAGAAACCGUACGUAUGCAAGAUCCCGGGAUGCAUCAAACGGUACACAGACCCGAGCUCCCUCCGCAAGCACGUCAAAACGGUACAUGGCCCGGAGGCGCACAUCACCAAGAAACACCGAGGGGACACGGGCCCUAAUCGACCGCCAGGCUCCGCCAUGACCCCCGGGGGCUCCGAGCUCCUGCAGGAGAAAGAGGAGACUCGCAGGGAGGACUGUAAGCUUCUGGCCCCUGAAAAUUCCCUGAAGCCGCAGCCCAGCCCCGGGGGCCAGUCGUCGUGCAGCAGCGAGCGCUCUCCCCUGGGCAGCACCAACAACAACGACAGCGGCGUGGAGAUGAACCUGAACGCCGCCGGCAGCCUGGAGGACCUGACAGCCCUGGAAGACGGAGCAGGGACCACGGGCACGGGAGAGGCCAGCGGAGGGGCAGGCUCGGGGGGCAUGGGGAUGUCCGCCCAGGCCCUCAAGAGGCUGGAGAACCUGAAGAUUGAUAAACUGAAGCAGAUCCGGCGGCCCACGCCCCCCGGACGAGGCAUGGGGAAUAAGCUGCCCACGCUCAAUGCUCCUAGUGGGGACCUGAUGGGCAUGUGUGCCUCUCCGGUGCUGUCCAAUCGCCGCGUGAUGGAGCUGUCCAACCACGAGGUCUGCACCACCAGCGGCGCCGUCGGCGCCGGCGGAAUGCCUUGCCCGGCCAACGACCGGCGCGGCAGCGGCACCAGCAGCCUGAGCUCCGCCUACACCGUCAGCCGCCGCUCCUCCAUGGUGUCGCCCUACCUGUCCAGCCGGCGCUCCAGCGACGUCUCCCAGAUGGGCGGCAGCGGUGGAGGCGCCUCGGGUCUCCAGGGCAUGAUGGGAGCAGAGCCAGGCAGCAGCGGGGACCCGCUCUCUCCCGAGGGCCGCCGGGCCGCGUCGUGCCAGGGCUCCGGCAGCCUGCCGGGCCUGCCCAGCCUCACCCCUGCCCAGCAGUACGACCUGAAGGCCAGGUACGCGGCCGCCACCGGAGGCCCUCCGCCCACGCCUCUCCCCAGCAUGGAGCAGCAUGGUGGGGCAAGCGGUGGGGGCGCAGCGGGCAGGAGAGUCGGCUUCAUGAGCAACGACUACUCUCUUGGCCAGCCUCUGCCGCCGUACAUGCAGCAGGGGGCCGGGCGCCGGCACAGCGCCAACACCUCCGAGUACGGCACGGGCGUCCUGUACCCGCACCAGGCGCCGGGCAACGGGGUGCGACGGGCCAGCGACCCGGUGCGGAGUGGCGGCGCCAGCGACCUCGCCCAGGGGCUGCCCAAGGUGCAGCGCUUCAGCAGCCUGACCAACGUGGCCAUGAUGAGCCGGCGCAACGCCAACGUCAACCUGCCGCACUGCGGCUCCGACGCCAACAUCGCCCAUCACCGGCACAUGUACUCGCCGCGGCCGCCCAGCAUCACCGAGAACGUGAUGAUGGAGGCGCUGGCCAUGGAGCCCCACGGCGGAGGAAGCGUCGGUGGCGGUGGCGGUCAAGGCCACAUGAUGAUGGGCCAAGGCCACAUGGGAUACCCGCAGCAGCAGCACCUCCACGGCCCCAGUAGCCAGCUCUCGCCGGGGGCAGACCAGGCCUACCAGUCAGGCCAGGCGGGCGGCAUGCAGGGCCACUACGGGGGCCAGAUGGGUGGUCCACACGGGCCGGACAUGUCCAGCACUCUGCUGCAGCAGGCCGAGUAUGGCAUGAGCACCUGCCAGCUGAGCCCCUCGGGGCCGGCGUACCCCAGCCUGGGCCAGGGCGGCGAGGGCAUGGGUGGCCCGUGGGGCGGCAUCGUUGGUGGUGGUGGUGGUGAUGGAAGUGGCCAAGUGCAGAACCCCAUGCAAGGAGGAGGGAUGCAGUUCCAGGACCCGAGCAUGCAGGGCCAGCAGCACUAUGGCCAGCAGGGGGCGUACGUGAGCGCGGCGGACGGCUGCCACCAGAAGGUCACCAUCAAGCCCGAGCAGCAGUUCCACCCGUCCAUGUCCACGCACAGCGCCUGCCAGAACCCGGCCCAGAAGCCCCUUCUGGCCCAGCGGCAGCUAUCGCAGCCGGGCUCCUCCACCUCCUCCAUGCCCCUCUCCCCGACCUACGCCCAGCCACAGGGCACAGCGCAGGGCAUGAUGGUCAGACCCACCAACGCCAGCUGUGACUUCCAGGGCCAAAUGGAGAACCAGCAGCAGCAGCAGCAGCAGCAGCAGGGCUCGUUCCCCAGCCGAGCGGCCAUGAGCCUGGGCUGCGCCGGCUCCAGCCUGCCCGACCCCACCGGCCGGAGGUCCCAGACGCCCAUGCUGCAGGUGAAGGAGAUGAUGGUGCGCAACUACGUCCAGUCGCAGCAGGCGCUGAUGUGGGAGCAGAUGGACCAGCAGCAGAAGACCGGAAUGGCUCCUCCAGACGGCAUGGACAUGACCGGCCAGCAGAUGAUGCUCCACCAGCAGCAGCAGCAUCCUCAGCAGCAGCAGCAGGGUCCAAACAUGUACCCAGCGUCCGCCAACUACCCGACGUACGGCAACCAGAACCUGAUGAGCCCGCAGGACCGCGUGCCCAGCUCCGUGCCGCCAGGCUCCUGCUACGGCCAGGACAUGGUGCCCAGGCCUCCGCAGAGCCGCAAGCCCCUGAGCCGCCAGAGCAGCGUCACCCAGCAGGGCGGCGGCGGCGGUGGCGGUGGCGGUGGUGGUGGAGGAGGGUACAUGGGCAGCCCGCCACACCUGAGCCCGGCCCACUCCACGGCCAGCCCCAGACGAGCCGUCCGCCUGCCCCCCGUCCAGCACCCGCACCAGCAGCAGCAGCAGCAGCAGCUGGCCCACAACUUCUCCGGCGGCGACAGCAACAACAACGGCCCCAUGUACUACUCUGGCCAGAUCCACAUGCAGCCCGGUGGCUCCUGCCUCAACCAGAUGGGCGCCAACAGCAAGCCCAUGGCCUCCUCGUACCCGGGGCCGGAGUCCGGGCCCGUGGCCAACGCGCUGGACAACCUGGACCUGGAGAGCGCUCAGAUCGACUUUGCCUCCAUCAUCGACGACCAGGAGCCCUCGUCGUACAGCCCCAUCAACCCUCCCCUGGGCCAGCCCUCUUCCUCCUCCUCCCAGCCCUCGUCCCGCCUCACCACCCCCCAGACCUCCAUCCCCGCCCAGCCCUCGGGCCUGUCCAACAUGGCCGUGGGAGACAUGACCUCCAUGCUGACCUCGCUCGCCGGGGAGAACAAGUACCUGAACACGCUGUCGUAAAGACGUGUAGAGAGAGAAAGAGAGAGAACAUGAAGAUAGAGACUUUGCUGUUUCUUUUUUUUUAACACUGCCUCCUCCCGCACAAGUGCGACGUGAGGGCUAAGUGAGCUCAGAGAUCUAUGGAUUGACGAGAGGCAGAGAAAACCAAAGGUGCCUACUCUAUCCAUCUGUCCGUCUGUCUGUCUGUCCCCUCUCUCUCACUCACUGAGGAAAAAAAACAGCUCCGCUUGUGCUCGCCAGGAAGAUGACAUUUUUUUUUUCGCUUCUUCUGUUUGUAUGGUUUGUUUGUUGCUUUGUUUUGUGUUUUUUUUCUCUGUUUGUUGUUUUUGUUGUUGUGCUUGAAAGUAAAAGAAAAUUCCAGAACUUUUCCAACGGGUGUCACCUAAUUCCUGGGGCAUUCCAGAGACAAGCUAAAGCAGGAAAAACGUGCGGCAACAAUGCUGGCAAUAAAAAAAAAUGUGUCGUGAGCGAUGUAUGUAAAUAGCCCUAAAAACAUGUAUAUGCAUUUUAUAUGACGACGCUGAUCGAGAAGAGAAGAAGAGGAGCUUCAGCUGCUUCAGCAAUUAGUCCUUCGAGCCCCCGAGGGAAUCCUGUCCUUAAAAAAAGAGUUUUAACGUUUUGUCUUACUCUAUCUUAGGAGUGCCUUUAUUGACUGAAAAAAAAUGUGUUAUCCCAGGGAAAUAUUUUCAGAACAGUCACAAAUAGCAGUAUUGUAAAAAAAAAUCAUUAAAAAAAAUAAAAAAAUUAUAUCAUCACAGUAUUCAAAUAGCGACAGGCCAUGGGCCUACAACUCUCUCCACAGAAAGCCGAACAUCACAUGUUCAAACUGUCUGAUCAGCACAACGACUGCAGCAUAGUUUGAUCUAGCAAGUGCCUUUGCAUUGUCACAGCAAAUGACUUUGCUCCAUUUAGGUCUUCAUAGCGCAUAUCGAGAAGAUCGGAAGUCCAGGAAAUAAAUGAAAGAGUGCCAGAACAGAGACGAGCGAUAUUGUCCUAGUGCCACUUCCGGAACAAGGUACAGUAAGCACAGUGUUUCAUGCUGACGUAAAUGUACUCAUUAGACCAUACCGUCAAUAGGCUUUUGUGUGCAUCGAGAGGUCUUCUUAAUAAUGAAACACAUGAAUCACUUACUGUAUGUUCCAGGCUUAAGUCGUACAGUUGGUAGUAUUACAAGAGGAAAAAAAAUACAUUAUGGUACUAUUGUUAAGCCACCGUAGAUGAAUGCCAAGUGCAGUCAGGCGGGGCAGUCUCCUGACCAGUAGGUCUUGGCCCAGCAAAGCUUCUAUUAUUCCCCUGUAAUGACCUCAGCACGAGGUGACAAUACCCUGGCCUCUGACAUCUGAUAUACACACGUACAGACACACACUCGCGCACACACACAUAAUCACACACGCAUAAUGUAUUUACACACACAGACGC